GGAGUUGGCGUGGCGAUACAAGCGCUUGCGCAAAGUCCGAAAGCCGUGGAAUUCCGGAUCUUCCCCGCUACCGGCAAGCAGCUGGAUGCAGCGGGCCUGCAGCCGGCAGGCGAGGCGCCGAUCGAAUCAACCAAGCGCGUGGGCAUACGACUGGAAGUCGGCAAAGCAGCCGAAAAUGCAGGAGAAUUGCCAGCCCCGGUCAAAGUUUUCCAGGUCAGCCAGAGCAGCAACAGUGCCUUCAUUCCGCUCGCCAAAGCUAUCGCGACGGAACUUCGAUGGAUGCCGGCAGGAGGAGUGCUUGCUGUGGAAAGUCUGCUAGUCGGGAAGUCGAAGAACAUCUGGACAAGGAUGUACAACAUGGCUCAGGCGGUUGCGAACGUGUCUGAUUGGCAGGCCAAUCCCGCACGUCCUGGUGUUGUGAGACCCUUCCGCUGCGUCGCACAGGAGCGCUCCGUGGAUAUGCAGCUGGACGAUGGCCCAGAAGGCCAACCUAACGUCGAACCCAAGGCUUUGCGAUUGGUUCUCUUGGCGGACGGACACCCUCCGCCUCGACCAGACGGUAGCCCAGGU